CGCUACGGCCUGUGCGGAAGCAGUCGCGGAGAGAAAGUGGUAAACGCAGGCGCCGGGAAGGCCGCGGGGCCUUCUGGGUAAAGAUGGAUUCCUACGACCUGUUUCGCCGUCUUGGAGCCGGCGCCAAGUUCGAUGUGAAGCGCUUCUCAGCAGACGCUACUCGAUUCCAGGUAGGAAAAAGAAAAUUCGAUUCCGAUUCUUUGGAGGCCCUGAAGGGACUAGACUUCUUCGGAAACAAGAAGUCCGUCUCAGAUGAAUGUGGAGCAUUGCAAAUACACCAGGAGCCCCAAAAUGAGGAGAAAACAGAAGGGGUCCUGCUGGAAAGGAGUAAGGAGCCCAAGAAGAAAAAGAGAAAGAAGAUGACUUCAGAAGUUCCUGCUCAAGAAGACUUUGACGGUGGUAUCCAGUGGACAUCCUCUGUAGACGCAAAGCUUCAAGAUGAAAAAGUCAGUGGAGAGAAGAAGUUAACUUCAGGAAAGUUGGAACAUCUCAGAAAGGAAAAGGUCAACUUCUUUCGGAACAAACACAAGAUACACGUCCAAGGAACUGAUCUUCCUGACCCAGUCGCUACAUUUCAGCAACUUGACCAAGAAUAUAAAAUCAACUCUAGAUUGCUCCAGAAUAUUCUAGACGCAGGCUUCCAAGUGCCCACACCAAUUCAGAUGCAAGCCAUUCCAGUUAUGCUGCAUGGUCGGGAACUUCUGGCUUCUGCUCCAACUGGAUCUGGGAAGACGUUGGCAUUUAGCAUCCCCAUUUUAAUGCAGCUGAAACAACCGACAAAUAAAGGCUUUAGAGCCCUGGUUAUAUCCCCCACCCGAGAACUUGCCAGCCAGAUUCACAGAGAAUUAAUUAAAAUAUCUGAGGGUACAGGAUUCAGGAUACAUAUGAUCCACAAAGCUGCAAUAGCAGCUAAGAAAUUUGGACCUAAAUCAUCUAAGAAGUUUGAUAUCCUUGUGACUACUCCAAAUCGACUGAUCUACUUGUUGAAGCAGGAUCCACCAGGGAUUGACCUGACAAGUGUCGAGUGGCUGGUAGUAGAUGAAUCAGACAAACUGUUUGAAGAUGGCAAAACUGGGUUUAGAGAGCAGCUGGCUUCCAUUUUCCUGGCCUGCACAUCGCCCAGGGUCAGAAGAGCAAUGUUCAGCGCAACUUUUGCGUACGACGUUGAGCAGUGGUGCAAGCUCAACCUGGACAACGUCGUUUCCGUGUCCAUUGGAGCAAGGAAUUCUGCAGUCGAAACUGUUGAACAAGAGCUUCUCUUUGUUGGAUCUGAGACUGGAAAACUUCUGGCCAUGAGAGAACUUGUUAAAAAGGGUUUCAAGCCACCUGUUCUUGUUUUCGUUCAGUCCAUUGAAAGAGCUAAAGAACUUUUCCACGAGCUCAUAUAUGAAGGUAUUAAUGUGGAUGUCAUUCAUGCAGAAAGAACACAGCAGCAGCGAGAUAACACAGUCCACAGCUUCAGAGCAGGAAAAAUCUGGGUUCUUAUUUGUACAGCCUUACUUGCAAGAGGGAUUGACUUUAAAGGCGUAAACCUGGUCAUCAAUUAUGAUUUCCCCACCAGCUCAGUGGAAUACAUCCAUAGGAUAGGUCGAACUGGAAGAGCAGGGAAUAGGGGGAAGGCUGUUACAUUUUUCACUGAAGAUGAUAAGCCAUUACUAAGAAGUGUCGCCAAUGUUAUCCAGCAGGCUGGUUGUCCUGUGCCUGAAUACAUAAAAGGUUUCCAGAAACUACUAAGCAAACAAAAGAAAAAAAUGAUUAAGAAGCCAUUGGAAAGGGAGAGCAUUUGCACAACUCCAAAGUACUUCUUAGAGCAGGCCAAACAGAAAAAGGUUGCUGGCCAAAACAGCAAGAAGAAAGAAACUCUCAAAGAGAAAAGUUAAAAAAUAAAUACCUUAGAAGGCAAUCCCUGCGGUGUAACUUAUGAACCGGACAUGGAUUCUCAUGGAGUACUUACAACCAUCUUUACCACACAUUUGAAAUCCACAGGGAUAUGAGAGGACAGAAUGGUUCUGAUGUAGUGAUGCAUCAAGCUUCACUUUGUAGGUGGGAUUUAUACAAUGGAAAUAACAGGCAUUGACAUUUCUGCCUGAAUCCGGAGAGAUACUUCUUAUAGAAGAACAAGAGCCAAUGCUAAAAUAACACCCAAAUGUGGUGAACUCUUAAGAAUUUUGCCCUUCAAGUGUGAAGGAAAGUGUGAUGCAUGCUGUGGAGAGGCGUCUGGAACAGAAUUUUAAAAUAAAACCUUGAGUUUGAGUGCACCAUCCACACUUGUGUGCAUGGAGAGCCAGUGGUGUGUGGGAUGCAAACAAGAACAGCAGCACAGGCCAGACACAGGAAGGAGCCUAGCACUCCCUUUAGUGUUUCUUUGUGGUAUGAGCCACAGAAAGGAGGUCCCCCAUCUGUGGUUAUCCAAAUUCCAGAGGAUUGGAAACUUCAGCUUGUUGAAAUUGACCUGUACUGCACUGGGGAGGAAGCUUAUGCUUAGCUGUCAUAAUGUUGCAACUGUAAGGUUAUGAUCAGCCUUUCCCUGUCUGACUUUAUUCUCCAUCAUUUAGCCAUGUUCUUUCCUGUCUCUUUCCACCCAAGAUGACUGCUUGAAAGCAGAUAGCACUCUAUCCUAUCCUGACAAGGAAGAACAUUUCCGUUACACGAUACACCUAGUUUCAUUGUUUCAGAUGCUUAUCUUUGCUGAGACUUGAUGGGCUUCAUCCACCCUUGCCAGAGAACUGUGAUCAUUUGGACCAAGGCAGUGCACAGUGUGCAGGUUUUCCUUAAUUACCUGCUUUGUACAGUGGAAUAAAAAAGGCUUGGUACAAGUUGAAGCACUUAAGACUGGAGCCUAGAAUUUCUCAGGGCCUGUGCUGCCACAGGACUACAACAUAAGUGACUGCCAGCAACUGAAUUAAGCCUGUUUCCUUUACUCUAGGCAGUUGAUACUUUAUAGUCUUAAAAUCAGCACAGUAGACCUCCUUUUAAAUGUGUAUUUGUUUUGAAAAGGGAUCUCUGUUUCCCAGACUGGCCUGGAACUCACAGCAAUCCUCCUGUUUCAGCCCCUUUACUGCUGAGAAUACAGACAUGAGACUGAUAUUGAAUAGAUGGGAUAAAGAUUUAAAAAAAAAAUCAGGCUUCAUUUAAAUAAACUGCUCUAGAGA